AUGCCUAAAGAUUGUAAUGAUCUUUGUGAAGAUGGCCAAACCAGUACAGGGGUGUAUAAUAUAUACCCCUACGGUACCUUAGCCAUUCCUGUCAAUGUUUUCUGUGACAUGUCGACAAUGGGCGGGGGAUGGACGGUGAUUCAGAAACGCGUAGACGGAUCCGAGAGCUUUGACAGGAACUGGGAAGAAUAUAAGAAUGGUUUUGGUUCACCGGAACGGAAUGUCUGGGUUGGAAAUGACGUAAUCCAUCAAUUAACAAAAGAAGGUACCUCAUUCCUGUAUGUGACCAUAACUCUACAGAAUGGUACAACGCUUUAUGAAAUGUACGACGGAUUCUCUGUUUCCGAUGAAACAGGAAAAUAUCAACUCUUUCUUGCAGGACCUGCUACGGGGACCUUAGAACUGGAAAAUGAAAAGGACUCGGAAAAUAUUCGUAACAUUUCAAUAAAAAAAAACAAAUACAGUCCAAUCACACUCAGUAAAGGAUUAUGUUACUUCGAUGCUAAAAGUACACCGGGGUUUCUUCAGCUGAUCUGUCUGGGAUGUACUUCUCCACCCCGGACAGAGAUAACGACGAGUGUAGCUGUAACUGUGCUGCUGUCUACAGAGGAGGCUGGUGGUUCAAUGAUUGUCACCACGCCUUCCUUAUAUAACGGUCAGUGGUCUCCGGCAUUGUGGAACUACCCUUGGAAUCCUACAGUAAAGAGUGGGACAUCAGUGAAGGAGACAACCAUGAUGAUCAGACGUCACUAG